ACAAGUCACCAGCUCAGGCUGCCAAACAGUUUCGCCUCGCUGAGAGUUGACAUCUGGCUUUAGUCGUCCCUCUGCAUUCUUUGACGUGAAGAUGAGGAAUCUUCUUUUCGGAGUUAUUCUUGGACUUCUCGCUGUUGUGUUUUCAACACCUGUGGAUAAUGUGACCCAGAUUCCCACCAAACCUGAUGAUGACAUUCUCAGAGAGGUCUUGGAGGAUGGGUACCUGGUCGAUGAAAAGACUCCCCGUGUGCUGACGACUAAUCCACCCAGAAUAUACACGACCGUUCAGCCAUCCCAGCAGCCGACGUCUGACUCCAAAAGCAUCGAAAUAGAGGGCAGCGCCGAGGCCAACGCUGAGCCUGCCACAACCCCCACACCCACGAUGAACACGACACAAUCUGAGAACUCCACCUCUGUAGAGGAGGCUGGAGACGCUGGUUCAGUUACAGCAACCACCCAAAGCUCUCACUCAAAGUUCAUCUCUUCAUCAGUCCCACCCAAAGCCCCCUCUACCCCCGUUGUUACAAAUCAAGCCACUGACAGCGAGGACUCCAGCGGGGAUCUUAUGGGCAAUGGGAGCUAUGGUUCCGGGUCAGGAGACUUCCAGAACUUUGUGACAGUAGCCAGCAAGACCACCAGCUCUGACACAAAGAAAAGCACAGUGCCAGCAUCUUUUCCUGUGGGUGAAGAUUUGGAUGACGAGUCAGAGCCAGGCACAGAAUCAGAGAAGGAAUCAGAAUCAGACAUAGCAUCGAAAUCAGACGAAGAAUCAGACAAACCAUCGGACAAAGAAUCGGACAAACCUUCAGAGGAAGAAUCAGACAAAGAAUCAGACAAAGCUUUGGACAGAGAAUCUGACAAAGAAUCAGAAACAGAGUCAAGCACCAAAUCCGGAUCCAGAAAGUCCAGGAUAUCCAUUCUUGAAAUGGCAACACAACAGCAGGGUCAUGUAGGCAAGGUGGUAUUAAACGAUCAGACACCGAAGACCAAUGCCCAGCACAGCAGAACACCAGGUUGGAUCAUCAUCGUCGCAUUUAUCGUUGGCCUUGCGGCUCUCGUUAUGCUCUGUGUUGCCAUCGCCACCAGGGACAAGUGGAAUGGACCACCCAAAUCUUCCCAGCUGGAGAUCCAAACCAGCUCCUCAGAUCAGCAGAGGGAGCAGGAGAUGACGACGUUCGUGAGCAAAGAAAGUCCCAGGGAGAAUGGAAAAGCAGCAGAGUACACAGUCAUUCCUCUGGAUGAGCUUCCAGAGAAUUAUUCAUCACACUGAGGAUCAGAAACAAACUCUCUGGAGACUGGAGACUCAUCACACAGCCACAGAACUGUGUUUGAAGCCGAAUGAUUUGAUCAGAGGAACAGAAACGUCCAGGCUGUUGAGCAAAAAAAGUUUUAUUUUUGUAUAUAUAUAUGUGUGUGUGUUUUCUAUGUGGAAUUCCACAGCUUCGGGCCUCUAUUACACACUUUCUCUGUUUUGUAUCUACAACAUUUUCCUUGUUGUAUUUAUUGCCGUGUAUCACCUGUAAAGUAGAAGACUGCUCUAUUAAGAUGUCAAAUGUCAUUUAUUUCAAAUGUAAAAUAAUAACAGUGUUUUUGUUCAUUGCUUUGUCAGUUUU